AUGUCUGAAGAGGUAUGUACCAUAAGAUGUCUUAACAUUCUGUCUUUUUUACUUCCAAUAAAAAUGUUUAACGUCUUCAUUAUUAGUGUAAUCAAUUUUACAGGACAAUUGGAUAGAUGUUCUUGAAAAUGGAGAGAUCUUUAAACGAACUUUGGCAGAUUCAGAUGGAAUCCAGCCCAUUGGUGGAGACUUGGUAUGCGUAACAGUGGAGUGUGAACAUGAACAUUAUCAAUUAGAAGCGCCACUUGGAAGAGGUCUUUUUCCUGAUGGCAAGUUUUAAAUAUUUGAUUUAAAAUUGAAUUCAGCGUUCGAAAUUGUGUUGUUGAUGGUGAAAUGUGAAGAAAAGGUUCAGAUUCGAAUGGAAGAGGAGCGAUUUAAAUGUAGUAACUUUACACUUGGAGACGUUGAAGUUCCCGGAUCUGAUUCGUACAUCAUCACAUUGAAGUCCAUCGCCAAAGAUUUUGACGAUACAAAGUACGGUUCGUUGUACCAGUCGAAGGGAAAAGAGUACUACCGGGCACAAGACUAUCCUAAAGCAGCUCAGGUUUAUAAACAUGCUUUGGUUUUCAAUAUGAGCGAUGAGUACAAGGCAAAGAUGGUAUCAAAUUUAUGUGCUUGUUACACUCAGGUAAGACUUACAGGAUUUAUGAAGUGGUAAUUUUAUUGACAGUUUGUAACUUCAAUGUUUAGUUGAAAGAAUGGGACGAAAUCACCAAACUUACAGAUGAUCUGGUGAUUCCUGACAGUUUGGACAAGCAGAUUGUGAGUAAAUUAAAGUUCCGACGUGGAAUGGCCUUAUAUAACAAGAAACGGUACAAUGAAGCAAUAGAUGAAUUUAAGCAUGCAUUAAUUUUUGACAAGGCCAACAUGGUAAGGAAACAAUAACAUGUUUAAUUUGUAAUUUUAGUACAUUCAAUCCUACAUUGGUCUGAGCACAGAAAAAGGUCGUAAGCAGGAACAAAAGUUACAAAAGUUUUACUCAGGGAUGAUGAAAGAAUUCUCAAAAGAACAGACCACAAAAUCUCAUAGAUUCACUUUAUUUAGCAAGGCUGCUGCUGUUGUUGUGAUUGUUAUUGUUGUAGCCGUUGUAAUUCAUUAUUUCUUCCAAUAA